UUUAACCCAGUCCAAUGAAUUGGACCGCCUCAAUCAAGGACAUCUUCAAGGCUUCAAGCCAAAGGUGGGACUUGCAUCCUUCAUGCAAGCCCGGCCAGUGCGCCAAAAGCGGCACCGCGUCGGGCCGAGUCUCAGUCCAGUCAACACACAGAAAGGCGGAGGGAGCUCCAGCUCCGCGACUCCUCCGCAAAAGACUACAGGAUAGCUCUCGACUAGUGCAUACCACUGACACUACACCUGCUCACAGUCUGGCCCCAUGGCCCAACCCCCCGAAGAUACUCAUGCGAGUCCCGCCGACAUUCCCGAUAUUGUCAAACCUCUGGCGCCUUACAUCAAGAGCCGCCAGGAGGCCCUCCGUAUCCGACAAGCCUUGACCACCUACCUGCGUUCGCACAUUGAGUUCGCUGAGAACGAUCCCGAGCACCCAGGCUGUCACAGCCAGUCCCACCUCUCGCUUUCCGUGCCCCAUGAUGCGGUCGUCGGCGUGAAGCGCAUUCCAUCGGAGUUGACGGGGUUGCGGAAAAAAUACCUGGAAUCGCUGCGAGCGAAUGUGGCUGCGAGAAAGGAAUUUCAGUCGGUGGUGGAAAAGACAACUUCGAUAAAGCACAAAGGGGGCAAAGCUAGAGCUGAAGAAUUAUCGGUGGGCUCAUCUUCGGAACUACAGGAAUAUCUUAAACUCCUUCGUGACCGUCGUCAGCAUGCAAAGCUCCAGGUCUUUCAACAUUACUUGCAGGAGCUCAAGCAACGGGAUACGUUCAAGUCAGUGGACUUGGAAGCUAACGCAGCCCGGUACCAGCAGCUUGCGCCGCCAGGGGAACUCGAGGAUAACCAGCAUGGUCCUAAAGCAGGAGAGAGCAUCGAAGAGCUGAUGCACAAACUGGAAAGAGCCAUCAUUCGCGCCAAGGCUCAGUUGGAGAGAGAAAAGGGGCUAUUGGAAGAACUAAAGGCACGACGCGCAUCUGAAGGGCCCCGGGAUGUACCACCCGCGGUCAAAGCCUUGGCGUUACAGCGAACGCGGGACGUGUUGGUGCAUUGGGUGGAGGAGAAACUGGUGAGUGUUGGAAACAGCGAAAACAGUGGAGCCACCCAGAGCUUCCGUCCCGAAGACAUCGAGGAGUCUGUGCGCCUUCUGGAGGAGAAGAAAGCACGGAUCGCGCAACAGUAUGCAGCAUAUGCGGACGCUCGCAAACGCCUUCUAGAUGCAGCCUCGAGGGCCUGCCAACCUAUAGCCCUUCCAUCCACAAGCCCCCCAACACGUCCUACUAGCAUGGUCCAGGGUAGAAAUGCGAUGAAUGAAACGCAAUCUCUGGAUGCAUUGGAGCUUCUUUCAUUUACAAGUGAUGUACUUCAGCCGCUGUCCAAGAGUCAACGAUCACUGGCCUUACAGAAGUUCUACUUGUCCGGCAUGCUUGCCAAGGAGAAAGCCACAACCCUUCGCGCCCUCAACCGGCUGCGUGAUGAAAGUCAUCUACUCCCAGAGUAUCCGAUUCUUGCCCGUCAACCGCGGUUCAAGCACGCGACAGCAGCCCUAGCUUCGCGCCAGGGUACCAACACCGAACCUGCUAAACCAGAUGAAAUUGUUGGUUUGGCUGAGGCAUGGGCCUUUGCUUCUAAUGCAGCAAAAACAAGCGAGCAAGAAUACGUGGAGCACAAGUUGGAAGAAGGAACUGAAGCGGCGCAGGAUGCAAUGCAUGUGCUGGAAGAUGUCUACAAAAUCCUCAACCAGAGCCUCGAGGAUACCCUACGAGACCGUGACGGUGAAAUGGGCGAGAAUGAUAUCUGGGCGUCGGAGGCGCGAUUGACCCGGUCGCGAGCCAAAACACAGCGGACGCAGCAGUCAGCCAAAGGACCAUGGUUUGGGCUGCAUGGCAAAGUGGGUGUUGCGGAAUGAUAUACCUACCUAGCGGCAGCGAUGUACACCUAUAUAAUCUACGAAGAUGCGGUUGGAAUUAACAAAUAUAAACUAGGA